AUGGUUCUUGCUCAAGGACAUGUCGGCAGUUCCCAGGAGGCGAACUGGCCCCUCUCCAGCUACCAGUCAACAGAGCAAAUCUGUUCAUCACAAGUGUUAUCUGUGGUUGUGUGUUUGAAUUCACUGACUUCUAGUUCUUCCUUUGUCUCGAUACAGGACUCUCCACUGCGCAGUAGUUCCAGUCCUCCCAACAGUACAGGCAGCACAGCGGACAGUGAUGGCUGGACCCCGGGACCCCCAACCUCCUGCCCCCAGCGCCCUCCCAAGGCCCCCCAGGACAGGAGCAGGAAACGUCCACAGCCAGGAGCCACACUGUCCGGUCACACCAAGAAAGACCACACAAUCCCAACCCUGCACCCAGAUGACCGCAGAAAAGCUGAAAAGCUGAAGAAGAAGAAAAGGCGAAAGGAGAGGGAACAUGGGUCUGGGGAGGAGAGCAGGGUCCAGCAAGCCCACCCGACGUUUCCAGGGCUGCAGUACCCCGACUCCUUUGGUGGCCGAACGAUCAAAGAGGAGCCUGAGGAUGAUUUCAGCAUCCCCCUCACCCCCCAGCGCCUGCCUAGCUCGGCCCCCUGCAAGGAGGAGCCCAACGACGAGCGUCAAGACUGGGGUCACGAAGACCUCGAAGAGGGGAUGGUUAAGGUACAAAAGGUGGAGGGCCUUGCAGGAAAGAGGAAGGUCUUCCGCCAGGGGAAACAGGUGGUGUUCAGAGAUGAAGACGGAUCAGGAGAGGACGAGGACAUCAUGGUGGACUCGGGUAGGUUUUAUUUUGGUUUUUAUAUUGCCAAAUAUUCACAUCAUAACUUAUGCAGUUUUAUAUCAAGGUAACAGUAUUCAUUAUGAUAGUGUAGUUGCUGUAAAA